AUGUUUCCCGUGCGACCAAACCGAACGGCGUCCUUGACCGCGGCGCAACAACAAGCAGCGGUGCAGAGACAGGCCUAUUUGCCCGGCCAACCCGUGUCGGUCCUGUUUGUAUGUUUGGGCAACAUUUGCCGGUCGACGAUGGCAGAGGGAAUCUUCAGACACAUGGCGGCGCAGCCACAGUACAAGGACAAGAUUGGAGAUAUUGAUUCCUGCGGAACAGCUGCGUAUCAUGCAGGCGAACCACCGGAUGACCGAACACUGGAAACUCUGGAGAAGCACGACAUCUUCGACUACGAUCACGAUGCGCGCCGCAUUACGCGAAGCGACUUUGACAGAUUCGACUACAUCUUCGCCAUGGACCUCUCCAACCUUUCAGACCUCGAACGCCUCAAGCGCGAAAACAAAGACUCCAAGGCCAAGGUGAUGCUCUACGGCGACUACAGUGGCACGAAGAAGCCUGAAGUCGUCAGCGACCCCUAUUACGGUGGCCAGGAUGGCUUUGACAAGGCAUUUGAGCAGUGUUCUCGCUUUGCUAAAAACUUUCUGCAAGACGUGGUGGGCGAGGAAAAAGAAGAAAAAUAA